AAUAUUCCAAGUCGUGCAUUAUCGCGAGCAGCAAGCAUGGCCCAACGUCGCCUUCUCCCCCUCGAACUCAUCGACAAAUGCAUCGGCUCGCGCAUGUGGAUCAUCAUGAAGGGCGACAAGGAGUUUGUCGGGACGCUGCGCGGGUUUGACGACUACGUCAACAUGGUCCUUGACGACGUGACAGAAUACGAGGUGACGCCCGAAGGCAAGCGGAAGGUCCACGUCGACCAAGUGCUUUUGAACGGCAACAACGUUUGCCUCCUUGUGCCGGGUGGCUCCCCCGAAGGCGACGAAGAGCAGUAAAUCCUCAUAACGCCUUUACUCCUCUCAGGAGAUGAUUUCCUGCCGCUUCUCAUGCUGUUCGAGCUCUACUCGCAACUAGGAAUCGAACGCAGGCUAGUACAUACCCAACCAAGCGCAAUGCAUUUCAGUCGAAUGCGUCUGAU